AGAUGCGAUCUAUUCUUCAUGUAUCCGACAUGGCAUCUCAGGAAAUAGUGGAACAUUUGACUCAGAUCUUUUCCUUGUCCCAACCGAUACUUAAACGUGACAUUAGAGAGGUCUUGCAGAGUCAUGACAUCACUUUCAGUGAAACACUUCUAAAUGAGGUUGUUAGUACUGUCAUGGACAGUAAUGUUAUCGUCAGUGCCACAGCUAAGGGGAAGCAGUUAUCCUCAACCAAGAGAAGGAAAACCUUCAUCGAAAAUAAUUACCCUGUGGUAAAGCCUGUACAGUAUCUGCUACAGCCAGGACACACAGCAGUGCAUGUUCCCAUUCUGGAGAUGAUACAAAAAAUCUUCAAUCAUACAGAUAUUUUGGACAAAAUUAAAGAAACAAAAGUGGCACAAAAAAGUCAUUAUGUAAGCCACAAAGAUGGUUUGUACUUUAAAGACAACACAAUAUUGUCUUCAGAUGAGUUAAAGAUAACACUCAUUUUGUACAUUGAUGAUUUUGAAAUAGCCAAUCCACUUGGGACAUCACGCAAAAUACACAAAAUCUGUUCAGUAUACUGGACGCUUGCUGAUCUUCCCAGUAAAUACCGAUCAGCCCUGCAUGUUAUUCAGCUUGCAGCUUUAUGUAAAGUGGCUGACAUACAGACAUUUGGCUAUGAAAAAGCACUUGGUCCUUUGUUGAGAGACCUCCGUACCCUUGAACAAGAUGGGGUAUUCAUUGAGUCUAUUGGUAAGGUAGUUCAAGGAACAGUCAUGUGUGUGGUGUCUGACAAUCUUGCAGCCCAUGAUUUGGCAGGCUUUUCAAAAUCUUUUCGAGCAGAAUAUUUUUGCAGAUUCUGCACAGCGACACAAGCUAAACUUCAGACUCAUGAAGUUGCAAGUGGCGAAUUCAGUCUUAGGACAAAAGAGAGCCACAAUAGUGAUGUGCGUGCUGUAAUGCUUGGGGAUAGUCAGAGUCAGAAUGGUGUUCAGGCAAAUUGUGUCCUGAGCCAGCAUCUAGGGCAUUUUCAUACUGUCACUGGAUUUCCACCUGAUGCCCUCCACGAUCUUUUUGAGGGCAUUGUGCCAGUAGAGCUCUCACUAUGUAUCGGAGAGAUGAUCAGUCGCAAAUACUUCACCCUUGAAUAUUUGAACAAGAAAAUUCUAUCGUUUCCAUACCAGCACACAGACAAGCUUGACAAACCUCAUAAAAUACCACAGACCUUUGCUGUAAAGAAAAGCAUUGGGGGUAAUGGCCAUGAAAAUGCCACAUUGCUUAGACUGCUCCCUUUGAUAAUUGGGAAUGCAGUUCCUGAAGAGGAUGGAGCAUGGACUGUGCUAAUGGACUUAAAAGAGGUAGUAGAGUUAUCACUGUGCUCAGAAUUCACAGAAGAGUCCAUCCAGUAUUUACAGUCCAAGAUACAGGAUCAUAGAGAGAUGCUGAAAGAAGCCUUUCCAGAUUUUAAACUCCGUCCUAAGCAUCACUAUAUUGAACACUAUCCUGACCUUGUACGCCGUUUUGGGCCCCUUGUGCACUUGUGGACAAUGAGAUUCGAGGGUAAACACCGUUUUUUCAAGAGAGUUGUACACGACACACAAAACUUUAAAAAUGUGUUAAAAACACUUGCAGAAAGGCAUCAAUACAUGGUAGCAUACCAUCUCAGUGCGUCAGGAUUCUUCAAACCUCGCCAGCAGACAUCAAAUGUCACUUCUGUACUGGUAUCAUUGCUUCCAAAUGUUGCCAAGACAUACAUUGAACAACAAACAGAAAGCAAUGUUGUUUACAGCACAUCAAAGGUCUGCAUUGAUGGAACUGAUUACAAUGUAGGAAUGUUUUUGUCUGUGGGACAAGAUGGAGGACUGCCUAAUUACUGUAGAAUUGAACAAGUUCUCCUGGUCAAUGGUAGUGUUAUCUUUCUUUGCCAAGAGCACAUAUCACACUACUUUGAACACCUAAGAUCUUACGAACUUUUCCCAAACAAUCUGGCUGUUCACACCCCAUCAGAGCUAAAUGACAAAACACCUCUCUGUGCUUACAACAUAGAUGGAAGAUUGCUCUUGACACCCAAAUGUUUCAUAUUAUUACACUGAAGAUUUGUUGAAGCAGGUAAAUAGAUGACUGCAGCAUUCUCUUGGAGCUGUGCGGACAGUGGGUCCAUGAAUAAACUGCCCCACUACAGCAGCUGGCCUUCCAUAAAUCCCAUCGUUCAAGUGGUGUCCCAGUGUUUGUGUGGCCCAUUGGGUAUGUGGACGUGUAUAUGUUGUGCGUGACACUUUCACUCUCCAUGAAAAUUAACAUGUUUUAUGUCGUUUAGGAACCAAAAGAUGGCUGCUGCCCAGAAGCAUGUGCUGCGUGUGUAUGUUGCACGAGACACUGCCGUGAAAUUUACUCUACUUGAGCGACCAAAGUCAGUGGAGGAGCUGAAACAAAUAAUGCAAGAGAGGUUCAAGCCGAGACUGGAUGGGGACUUCAGCCUGCACUAUGAGGAUCCAGACUUUGAUGGUGAUCUUUGUCUUCUUGUGGACAUCCAGGAGUUACCAGAGAAGGGCACAUUGAGAGUCAUCAGACCUGAAGGUGACACCUCAUCUACUGCAUCUUCCGACACAGACAUACUCCCACAUGUACCUGCGUUACAGCGCCAGAAGAGUUGGCCUGAUAACUUUGUGGUUCCUGGUUUUGGUUAUGAAGUGGAGCAUAUACUAGAAGAAGGAAAUCGUAUUGAUGAAGAAUCAGGAAAAUUGCUGAAGUUAAAGAGGUCACAGAAGAGUGAAAUCCUUAAGAAAAUGGCAGAAAUGAUCUACAGUUUUAAACCAUACCCACAUGAAAAGGAAUUGGCAAUGGCUGCUCAAGCUUUGAUUACAGCUCAUCCAUGUCUAAGAAUGACGGCUGGUGAAGACGGGGAGUUGGGAUGGAAACGUCACAUAGGGUACAAGGUUGCGUCUUACCGUAACAAUCUGGCCAAAGCUGGGGUUGCUGAAGUAGCCAUCAACACAGGGAGGCGGAGCCGAAACAACCCUGACAAUGAUCACCCCCAUCAAAACAUAAAGAAAGCUCGAAAAGCUGAGGUCAACUACAUCAUCAACCUACCAAAAGAUCAAACCCCAGCCACUCUGGAAACAAUGAGAAAAGAAAUCAUAUAUGAAGUCGAAAAGACUGAGAGAAACCAAGUAGUCAUAGGCAAGCUCAUGAACACAACCUAUGCCCUUCGUCGCCAAGAAAUUGUUGGAGCUCUUGUUGCUCCACGGGUGAGAGACGUCGUGGACAGAUGGCCAGCCCUACUUAUGGAGUCACAGGUGUUUGCAGAGUUCCACCGAAUCAACAAUGUUAACCUGCGCAAUCAAUUCUACAAGGAGCUGGACAGACACACGCCGAAACUCAUCACCUUGUUCAGAGACAAGGCCACCAAGACUAGCAAGAUAGCGGAGGAGCUAGCCGAGUUCGUGAGGAUUUAUGACCUUCAGGAACAACGUGAUGUAAAUAUGAGACGGGCCUUCGUUCUUCAUGCACUUCCUGUGUACCUGCGUGAAGAUGCCUCCAAGUUCUUCAGGACCUGUAAUGUAAGUGUACAGGCCUCACUAUCAAUCCCUUUGCCUAGCUAUUCAGUCAGCUUAAACAUUUGACAUAACUCAAAGAACCCUAGGAGAACCAGGGUGUAUUCCAGAAAGCAGUUUAUG